UUUAAAAUGUUCUGAGGCUCCUGAUGAACCUGAAUCUGUAUCAAAUGAAACUCUUUAUCAGCUCAGUUGUUUUAUUGAUAAAGGUAGGCUGCAUGCUGAAGAAGGCAAUAUUGGAUCAUGUGUUGCUUGUGUCAGGUCAUACGAGAAUUUAUUUUACGACCAACCAGAACAAUCGGACCUCGCCAAAGGGAUGCACUCAGCGAAAAUUGACGUUGUCGUUUUGUAGAGGUUUUUUCAAGUAACUGUAUGAGAGUUAUUGGAAAUCGUCUUGAAUAAAAAGCUGUCUCUAUUAGAGAGAUGUCUGUAUUAGAGAGGUGUCUGUAUUAGAGAUGUGUUCGUAUUAGAGAGGUGUCUGUAAUAGGGAGAUGUUUGUAUUAAAGAGGUGUCUGUAUUAGAUAGGUGUUCGUAUUAGAGAGGUGUCUGUAUUAGAGAGGUGUUCGUAUUAGAGAGGUGUCUGCAAUAGAGAGGUGUCUGUAUUAGAGAGGUGUUCGUAUUGGAGAGAUGUCUGUGAUAGAGAGGUGUUCGUAUUAGAGAGGUGUCUGUAUUAGGGAGGUGUUCGUAUUAGAGAGGUGUCUGUAUUAGAGAGGUGUUCGUAUUAGAGAGGUGUAUGUAAUAGAAAGGUGUACUGUAUGUAAUAGAGAGGUGUUCGUAUUAGAUAGGUGUCUGUAUUAGGGGGCGUUUGUAUUAGGGAGGUGUCUGUAUUAGAGGGGUGUUCUUAUUAGAGAGGUGUUCGUAUUAGAGAUGUGUCUGUAUUAGAGAAGUGUUUGUAUUAGUGAGAUGUGUAUUAGAGAGGUGUUUGUAUUAGAGAGGUGUUUGUAUUAGAGAGGUGUCUGUAUUAGAGAGGUGGCAUAUUAGAGAGAUGUCCGUAUGUCCUGUUUAAUACAUAUACAAGUACAUAUUUAAUCGAAUUUUUGUUAUUCUUUUUAGAUGUCAAAUAUCUUCAUACUGGGUUAAAAAAUGUAAGUUGUAAGUUGUUGUUCUAUUUCACGAGAGUACCUUGAGAUAACUUAACGAUGUUGUGUUACAGCGUCUAACAGAAACAAUUCAUAAAAAUUCUGCAACACUUGGGCGAGACGCUGACUAUACCAAAUCGGUGAGUAGUGAUAUGACGAAUUUCUCAACCAAUUGAUCAUAGUUGAAAUGCUAUUUUGUUAAAUGUGUGUUUGGUGUUGUAUUCGCAGAAUGUUUUAAAUUUUUAUUUCAGUCUCUCAUCAGCCGUUUACCAGCUUAUCUGUCCAUACAAUUUGUUCGUUUCUAUUAUAAAGAAAAAGAAAAAAUAAACGCAAAGAUAUUAAAGGUACGACAAUGUGUACAUAUGAUUUUGAAAGACAUUUUUAAGUGCCAUGUAGUAACAUAUUUUUUGACAUAUGGUUUUCUAACAAGCUUAUUUUUGUAACAAUAAAUGCUUCCAAUAAUUUUUUUCAUAUAUUCAUUCACUGGCCUUUUAGGACGUCAAAUUUCCAUUAACUCUGGAUGUAUACGAGCUGUGCCGUCCAGAACUUCAACAAAAAUUAAUUCCGAUCAGAGACAGAUUUAAAAUUAUGGAUGACAAGAAACUCGAGGAAGAAAAGGUACAUUUCUACCAUGGUCAGAUUUUUAGGGGAAGUGGGGGAAGGUGCGCACCUCCCCUGAGAUCGUUUUGUAUCUCCCCUGAGAAUUUUUGCAACUCCCCUGAAACGUCAUGCACCUCCCCUUGGGGAAGUUUCAAUGAUAGAUCAAAGUGAAAAUUUCACAUUUUUUGGUUGCUUAGGGUCUACACUUCGUAAGAAAGUUUUUCUGUAAAAUUGAAACAGUGAUAUUCAUUCAUCUCUGUGUCAAGUGCUCUGUUAAUGCAAAGUUUUGAAAGAAACUUUGUAGUAAUUGUAAUAAAGGGCAAAAUUGGAUGAGUUGUACAGUCGUAAUUCAUUAAUACACUGAUACAUAUGUACACUACAUGCAUACGUCACGUCGUUGACUUUGGCCCGUUCUAAGCCCUAACUUUCCAUGGGGGUCCUGAGCUAGACCGCUGCACCUCCCCUAUGUACCUGCACCUCUCCCACCUCCCCCACUACAGUAUUUCCACCCAAAUCCGUUUUAAUUGGUUUGGGAACUGUAUGCAGUAUAUAUACAGUAUGAGUGAUGUUGAAUUUAGAAAGCAUCUACUUUUAGAAAGCAAAGCUCGAGGGAAAGAAAUCUGCCCAAGAGAAGAUGGACGUUGAUAAAGAGGAGAAAAAAGAAUACGAAUCUUAUUCGUUUCCAGAUGGUGAGCUAAACAUUUGACAUAAAUUUAUGACAGGGGCAUAAACACAGAUAUAAACUAUAGAUAUAAAUUUCACGUUCUGGUAGAAAAAGUGUAGGAAUUUUGUCCAAAUUGUUUUUGGCAUAGAUUCAAGAAGUUCGAAUUCCCCUUUCUCAGUACUUGAACCCAUGCAUGCAUAAACUACAGAAAUCUGAAGUUCAGUUUAUUUUCAUGCAAAUAUCCCAACUGUGCCUUAAUUGUGAACGCAGUACGAUAUCACAUUGGGCAUGCUUCAUAACGAGCUUUUAAUCACCAGGAUUUGUGUAUAUGAAAGAUCAUUACAAAAGAUCUUUGUAGGUGCUUAAGAUUGCAUUGUCUAAAUAUAGACAAUUUUUUUGCUAUCAGCAGAGAGUUCAUUGCCUGUACAUACUAUUAAGAUUGAAACACCAUAGUUUGAUAUACAAAUAUUGAUACAUCAGUUAUUAUAAGACAUGCUUAAUAGUUGCCUGUUAGCAAAUUCUGUGUGAAAAAGCGAUUCAAGCGUAUCUUUGUAAUUAGCUACUUUAAUAUUCUUUAUUCUGUGUGGGGUCCGUAUCAAUGUUCCAUAGACUUUGUUUAUAUGUCGUUAGAAGAGUUUGUAUAUCAUUUUUGGUACUGUAUCAUUUUUGAAAUUUGUAUAAAGAUUUUUAUUGCUGGAAAUUUAUCGCCUAAAUAUAGCACGAAGAUUACUCGAAUAACUGUGCAAGUGGUUUUCUAAAUUAAGGAAAUUGUGUCGCCAAUUGUGGUAAACACAAAACUAUUGUGUGGGUUGAUUAUUGGUAUUCGGAUAUGAUGAAGAUGUAUUUAUGGCAUAUUUUGGUGGGCUGUUGACAUUAAGGGAGUGUGUUCGAAUGAUUCGAUCAGUUUACGUGAUGCUAUAUGUGGUGAACACAACUGAAGAAGAUAUAUCAAUCUGUGUAACACAAAGCUAGCUUACAGAGAGAUAGCCGAAGCCUUUCUUACAAAUAGACGCUGGGGACUGUUUCAAAUUAAUUGGAAUUGCUUAAUUACCCAUUCGUAGCGAGCUUAGCUGAAGAAACUGUUUACGAACACAAUUACUUAUGAUUUCUGUGUAUACUCGUUGUUCGAAGAAACUAUAGCAUUGACACACUGGUGAUUAAUUUACUGUGCAAUUUAAAUCGAUAAUAGAACAUUUAAAUUGAGAAUAAUCGAAAAGUGUGUGGAGUGGCGUUUAACUUUGUAACCUUUCUUUGAGUGGCGUGGUCAAGUGUUUCAUAAAAACACUUCUUUGGAUAACAUUUCCUAAAGAGGUUUUCUUCGAGAAAGACUUCUUUAACUGGUGAUAUAAAUAUAUGCUGAGUACUUUUCAUAUACCUUCAUUGGCAACUACAAUCUACUAAAAUUGCAAGUGUCUGUACAAAGUACCAAGGUUGUUCUCUCUGCAAAAGUCACAGUUAUAAAGUAUAGGCGAAAACACUAAACGAAAAGACGAGAAACUUGAGAACAAUGUUUACACUUUUCCUUUGCAUUAUUUUAUUGCUACUAUUCUGGCGCUUUCUCUCUUUCUAUUGGUCGUCUUUCACGACACGUGAUCUCCCUCCUGGACCGUUCCCACUUCCGCUUUUGGGAAAUCUGCAUCAGAUUGGUUCAAAUGCCCACGUGACUUUGGCGAAACUUGCCGCGAAACACGGUGACCUGAUGACAGUCUUCUUCGGGAGCGAACGUGCUGUUAUCGUGAGUAGCUCGGAUAUGGCUCGAGAAGUCCUCGUAAGGCAAUCGUAUAUAUUCGGUGGCCGACCGUUGAACCUACCGUACGUGGCAAUAUUGUUAAGCCAUGGUGGAAAAAACAUCGCAUUUCGUGAAGACAUGUGUCCACGUUGGAAAAAACAACGCAAAAUAUUUCACGCAGCGGUGAAAAUGUUUGGUAGUGGCUUGUUACCGCUUGAAAAACAAGUUUGUGCCGUUGUGGAAGAUCUCACAACUUCUCUUGAAGCACAUACUGGUGCCCAAAGGGAUAUCGCUCACGAUUUGUUUCUCUGCGUAGCCAAUAUUAUAUGUGCUAUGACGUUUGGUUCUAAAUAUAGACAUGAUGACCCCGAGUUUAGUAUUCUUAUGAAAAAUUUCGAUGUUGUGCAAAGCUUCGUCGCCCCUGGUAACCUGAUUGACAUGAUCCCGUUGCUAAGACAGCUGCCUCUGAAGCGUGUUAUCGAACUAAAGUCCGCUAUCGGUCUCUUGGAUACGAUCGUUUCACGAAAGUACCACGAACACACCUCCAUGAAAGUUGAUAAAAUCCAAGACUUUACCGAUGCUUUACGAAAGCAAUACGAAAAUGACGUAAUCGAUGGUACGAGUGAUGACGUAAUUUUAAGCGAAGAGGAAAUUAUGCUAAUAAUAACUGAUAUGUUUUUUGCGGGCAUCGAAACUUCAAGCUCGUCCAUAUUAUGGGGUGUUUUCUACUUGGCUUUAUACCCAGACAUACAAGACGAAAUAUACAAUGAGAUGACGCGAAUUCUAGAUCCCGAUACCCCUCCGAGAUUUUCCGACCGCCACCGAUUGCCGUUGCUAUGGGCAACCGUUACAGAAGUUUUUCGAUGUGGAUCUAUAGUACCGUUGCUUCUUCCUCAUCGUACGACUACAGAUGCAUCGAUCAACGGCUUCCGCGUCCCAAAAGAUACCACUGUCCUGGUAAACGCGUUUGCAAUUCAUAACGAUACCCGAAUUUGGGAUGACCCGCACGUCUUCAGGCCAGCCCGAUUCUUGGAUGAAAACGGAAAUUACUCGUCCCCACCCCCCUUUGCGUUUUACCCCUUCUCCGCGGGAAAGCGAGUCUGCGUCGGUGAAAUUCUGGGAAAGAUGAUUGUAUUCGUGACGAUUGCCCGGAUGGUGUAUAAUUUUCGUUUGGCGAUGGUUAAUACCGGGGAUCUGGGAGCUAGCGAAGCGAACGCGGCUUCCAUUCGUAAACCGAAACCUUUUAAAGUUGUUCUUGAAAAGCGAAAAUGAAAAACAAGGAACUUGUCGUUUAUAAAACUAAAAUAUCAGCAAAAAUACUUAAAUAUAUAGCACAUGUUAUUGCAAUACAAUCCAGUACAAUAAUAUCACUGGCGAAGCUAGCCAUAUAAACAGGUCAUGCGAUGCAAGUUUUGGUGAUUUGCAUCAUUUAAACCUUUAGAAAUUUAUUGUGGUUAACCGGUUUAGAUGCGGUUUUAUUAGCAUAGCAUGCAUGACCAGCUUCCAUGGCUAGCUCGCCACAUAAAUUGGACACUCCAUGUACAGUAUGAAUGCCUUACUUCUCUAUAUUACAAUUAUUUUAUUAAUCUAAAAUUUACUAUUAAUAUUUAAACUGAUCGAAAAGUUACUGUUUUGAAAAUGUUCAAUGCCACACAGUUUGAAUGUAGUGUCUAAAUUGUUGCGUAAAAUAAGUAUGUUAUUUAGACUUUGCGUGCAUAACCUACGGCAAUCUGAAGUUUUUUCAUGCAAAUAUUCCGACUGUGCCUUAAUUGUGAACGCAGUACGAUAUCAUAUUGGACAUGCUUCAUAACGAGCUUUCAAUCACCAGGAAUUAUAUGUAUGAAAGAUUAUUACAAAAGAUCUUUGUAGGUGCUUAAGAUUGCAUUGCCUAAAUAUAGACAAUAUUUUUUUUUGCUUUGCAGAGAGUUCAUCGCCUUAUCUGUAAUGUAGUGUAUACAUACUAUUAAGACUGAAACACCAUAGUUUGAUAUACAAAGAUUGAUAACUCCUCAUACAGCAGUUAUUAUAAGACAUGCUUAAUAGUUGCCUGUCAGAAAAUCCUGUGUGAAAAAGCGAUUCAAGCGUAUCUUUAUAAUUAGCUACUUUAAUAUUCUUUAUACUGUGUGUGGGUUGAUGAUUGGUAUUCGGGUUAUGAUAAAGAUGUAUUUAUGGCAUAUUUUGGUGGGCUGUUGAUAUUAAUGGAGUGUGUUUGAAUGAUUCGAUCAGUUUACGUGAUGGUAUGUGAUGAACACAACUGAAGAAGAUAUAUCAAUCUGUGUAACACAAAGCCAGCUUACAGAGAGAUAGACGGAGCCUUUCUUACAAAUAGACGCUCUGGGGACUGUUUCGAAUCAAAUUAAUUGGAAUUGCUUAACUACCCAUUCGUAGCGAGCUUAGCUGAAGAAACUGUUUACGAACACAAUUACUUAUGAUUUCUGUGUAUACUCGUUGUUCGAAGAAAAUAUAUCAUUGACACCCUGGUGAUUAAUUUACUGUGCAAUUUAAAUUGAUAAUAGAACAUUUAAGUUGAGAAUAAUCGAAAAGUGUGUGGAGUGGCGUUUAACUUUGUAACCUUUCUUUGAGUGGCGCGGUCAAGUGUUUCAUAAAAACACUUCUUUGGAUAACAUUUCCUAAAGAGGUUUUCUUCGAGAAAGACUUCUUUAACUGGUGAUAUAAAUAUAUGCUGAGUACUUUCCAUAUACCUUCUGUGGCAACUACAAUCUACUAAAAUUGCAAGUGUCUAUAUAAAGUACCAAGGUUGUUCUCUCUGCAAAAAUCACAGUUCUUAAGUACGGGCGAAAACACUAAAAGAAAAGACGAAAAACGUAAGAACAAUGUUUACACUUUUCGUAUGCAUUAUUUUAGUGCUACUAUUCUGGCGCUUUCUCUCUUUCUAUUGGUCGUAUUUCACGACACGUGAUCUCCCUCCUGGACCGUUCCCACUUCCGCUUUUGGGAAAUCUGCAUCAGAUUGGUUCAAAUGCCCACGUGACUUUGGCGAAACUUGCCGCGAAACACGGAGACCUGAUGACAGUCUUUUUCGGGAGCGAACGUGCUGUUGUCGUGAGUAGCUCGGAUAUGGCUCGGGAAGUCCUCGUAAGGCAAUCGUAUAUAUUCGGUGGCCGACCGUUGAACCUACCGUAUGUGGGAAUAUUGUUAAGCCAUGGUGGAAAGGACAUCGGAUUUUGUGAAGACAUGUGUCCACGUUGGAAAAAACGGCGCAAAAUAUUUCAUGCAGCGGUGAAAAUGUUUGGUAGUGGCUUGUUACCGCUUGAAAAACAAGUUUGUGCCGUUGUAGAAGAUCUGACAACUUCUCUUGAAACACACACUGGUGCCCAAAGGGAUAUCGCUCACGAUUUGUUUCUCUGCGUAGCCAAUAUUAUAUGUGCUAUGACGUUUGGUUCUAAAUAUAGACAUGAUGAUCCCGAGUUUAGUAUUCUUAUGAAAAAUUUCGAUGUCGUGCAAAGCUUCAUCGCCCCUGGCAACCUGAUUGACGUGAUCCCGUUGCUAAGACAGCUGCCGCUGAAACGUGUUAUCGAACUAAAGUCUGCUAUCGGUCUCUUGGAGACGAUCGUUUCACGAAAGUACCACGAGCACACGUCCAUGAAAGUCGAUAAAAUCCAAGACCUCACCGAUGCUUUACGAAAGCAAUACGAAAAUGACGUCAUCAAUGGUACGAGUGAUGACGUAAUUUUAAGCGAAGAGGAAAUUAUGCUAAUAAUAACUGAUAUAUUUUUUGCGGGCAUCGAAACUUCAAGCUCGUCCAUAUUAUGGGGUGUUUUCUACUUGGCUUUAUACCCAGACAUACAAGACGAAAUAUACAAUGAGAUGACGCGAAUUCUAAAUCCCGAUACGCCUCCGAGAUUUUCCGACCGCCACCGAUUGCCGUUGCUAUGGGCAACCAUUACAGAAGUUUUUCGAUGUGGAUCUAUAGUACCGUUGCUUCUUCCUCACCGUACGACUACAGAUGCAUCGAUCAACGGCUUCCGCGUCCCAAAAGAUACCACUGUCCUGGUAAACGCGUAUGCAAUUCAUAACGACACCCGAAUUUGGGAUGACCCGCACGCCUUCAAACCAGCCCGAUUCUUGGAUGAAAACGGGAAUUACUCGUCUCCACCCCCCUUCGCGUUUUACCCCUUCUCCGCGGGAAAGCGAGUCUGCCUCGGCGAAAUUCUGGGAAAGAUGAUUGUAUUCGUGACGAUUGCCCGGAUGGUGUAUAAUUUUCGUUUGGCGAUGGUUAAUACCGGGGAUCUGGGAGCUAAUGAAGCGAACGCGGCUUCCGUUCGUAAACCGAAACCUUUUAAAGUUGUUCUUGAAAAGCGAAAGUGAAAAACAAGGAACUUGUCGUUUAUAUAACUAUAAUAUCCGCAAAAUACUUAAAGUGGAAGUCAAAUCCGUUGUGCGCAUCGGUUCUGCUCAUAACAAUGUGAUGACCCUCUAAUGUUAACAUUGCCCAAAUUUCGAAUGUUUCGAAUUUUUCUGAACAUAAACUCUAUUUCAUAUUCAUUUAGAAGCAUAGCGAACCAAAAUGGUGUUAGUAUUCAGACAGUACAUCAUAUUUUAAAAAAUACAGCAGUUGAAAAUGGAAACAAACCGUUUGCUUGCAGUACGGGCUUGACUUCCACUUUAAAUAUAUAGCACAGGUUAUUGCAAUACAAUGCAGUACAAUAAUAUCACUGGUGAAGCUAGCCAUAUAAACAGAUCAUGCAAAUUUUUAAUUAUUUGGAUUAUUUAAACCUUCAGAAACGUAUUGUCUUUGACCUAUGUAGAUGCAGAUUUAUUAGCAUAGCAUGACUAGUUGCCAUGGCUAACUGGCCACUGAAUAAUAUAUAUUGGACAUCCCACGGUCUAAAUGCACUACUUCUUUACAUUACAAUUAUUUUAUUAAUCUAUUAUUUACUAUUGAUAUUUAAACUGAAUGAAAAGAAUUACUGUUUUGAAAAUGUUCAAUGCCACACAGUUUGAAUGUAGUGCCUAAAUUGUUGCAUAAAAUAAAUAUGUUAAUGAAAUGACCUUUGUCAAGACGUUGUGUUGAACGGAAUAUUUAUAAACUUCUACAUUUUUCGCUUCUUGACUGUACCUCGUUUCGCUUACCAUAUCGUAUACCAUAUACCUUAGCACACCAUACCCUAUAACAUAUCACACCAUACCAUUUCACACCGUACCACACAUGCCACUUCACACCAUACCUCAUCACACCAUACCAUUCAGUGGCGAAGCCAGUCCGAAAAUUUGGUCAUGCUAUGCAAAUUUUAAAUCAUCAUUCAGUUUUUAGGAAUUGAUUGUUUUUACGGUCUAUAAACACGGAAAUAUUUGCAUAGCAAUGAUAGCAUGACCAAAUUGUCGGGCUGGCUUCGGCACUGAUACCAUUUCACACCAUUUCACACCAUACCAUUUCACACCAUUUCACACCAUACCACACCAUACCAUUUCAUACCAUACCACACCACACCAUGCAUACCAUUUCACACCUUACCAUAUCACAUCAUGUCCUACCAUUUUGUACCAUACCAUUCCAUACCAUAUUAGACCAUGUCCUACCAUACCAUGCACACUAUUCUCUAGCAUUUUACGCCACACCAUACUAUAACAAAGCAUGUCCAACCAUUAUACACCAUACCAUACCAUACCAUACCAUACCAUACCAUACCAUACCAUACCAUACCAUACCAUACCAUACCAUACCACACCUUUACUAUACAGUUACAUCUUUCUUUCAGACAUUGGUUCAAACAACAGCGGACUAUAUGAGCUUCAAGCUGUUCUAACCCAUCAAGGACGUUCAUCGUCGUCUGGUCAUUAUGUCGCUUGGAUCAAAAGGAAUGAUCGUAAGCAAAAAGUGUUUUAAAUCUAUCGCAUGUCAGCAGUGAUGUAAUAGACAGGACAAUGAGUUUCCCGGAAUAAAAUUCCCUUUUUGCCCUUACACAUAUUAGCAAAAUUUGAAGCAAAUGAUUGCAGUAAGGAUUGAUUAAUCAACAUUCUAAUCUUAUAUUUUCUUACUUAAUCAUGAAGUGUUGAUUUCAGCUGAUCUACUAAUAAAGAAUAGAAUGCAUACCAUAAACAAGCAAACAAGUUAGUGUAGCAAUCAAUUUCUGACAAAACAUGAAAAAACAACUUACCCAAUUGGGCAACCAAGAGGCAACUUCUACUGUACUUGCCCAUAAUGAUAUAAUUUUACUUACCCGGGCAAGCAUUAAGUUACAUCACUGCUGUCAACAAAAUUUUGAG